GUCUUUUAAGUAGCGUCGGAAGUACUCAAACGUCUUCAGAACCUAUGCGGACAUUUUUGGCAAUGUUCAGAAGUCUUCUGAAAGUUGUUGGAAAUCUUUGGAAGUCACCAGGACUUUUCUGGAUAUACCAGUCAUGACCAUAUGUACUUGCAGUAUUGCAAAAGCUUUAAGAUAAAGUUACGAUGUAUACUAAUGAUAAUGCAUUGCAAUGCUUACAAACUCGUUAAGUGCCGACAUCCCUUCCCCUCCCCCCUCCCCCCCUCCCCCCCCCCCCCAAAAAAAAAAAUUGAAUAAGUACUAAUAAGAGACUUCCCUGAAGAUGGAGUUUUCUGCAGAGUAUUUUACAGAAACCUUGCUUUGUUACAUCUUCGCGUUUUGUUACCAUUUAUUGUUUUGUUGCAAAAUAAGCAUACUAUGCUUGCCGAAAAUGAUGAAAAUGUAAUAAGUGCCCAGCCUGGAAUAAGCACCCACUCUUAAGGUCCAAAAACUUAGUAAAUGCCCAGGGCAGUUUAUCGAAUAAAUACAUGCAGUAAUCCAGUUAUGAGAGAUUGCAGUGUAGUCCGUUUAGAAGUCAAGGGGCAAUUUUAGUUAACUUCCUGACAGGAAAAAGCCCUAAAUUUGUGUGUGGUUUUGAUUCAAAGCAUGCCUUUUAAUUUGUGAUAAAUUAUUUUACUCAUAGCCGGUGGUUUGUGAUUAUUUAGCAGAUCGUGACAUAGGAUGACACAAAGGGGAGAAGUAAUGUCAUGUUGAUGUUUCAAAUACAGUUUUUGAAAUGGCUUCAUCUUCAUCUGGGUAAGCAUAUAUAUAGUAAGUCUUCGUAAGCAUGUACACACAAGAUCGAUUCAGCUUAAAGGGGCUGUGUCAGUCCAGUUCAUUUUGUUGCCAAUUACUCGCCCUCAAUGGCUAUGGACUUAAAGUAAGCAAAGUGAGAGAUCCGGGACAAAUAAAUAUGUCUCCUGAGCAUUAUUUUUGAAGUUGCAAGCAGCAGGGAUCAGCUUUGAAAAACUGUUAGGCUGAACCAGUUUUCCAAAACCCUAAUUUCAAUCCAUUUCAAUCUUCUUCAGUUUUGCUCAUCAAUGCAUGGCAUCUGUUGUUUCUGUUAUGUUAUUUUAACCUUCCUCUAAAGUUUUAAGCGGCUAUUUUUGUUUCUCUUAAUUUAACGGGCAUUUUGAAAUUUCCUAAUUUGGCUGAAUUUCGUGACACAGUUCUUUUAAGUACAAACACACUUUGUCUUAACAAUGACUAACUUACAUAAAUUACAGCUGGCAGCUUGAUAAAUCAAGAGUCUCUUUUAUUCUGAGAUGUUUGUGACUGAUAAAUGAACUCACCUAAACUGGAAAGGUUGAAGAGCAUACAUGUAGUCACAAUGUUGCACUCGACCAAUCUCUCUAAUUCAAUUUAAAAUCUUUCUUCAAUCUCAUGCUGCCUUUUCAAUAUUGCUGUUUCUAUUUCUUUGAAGGUGCAUUUUAUUGUAUUAUUGACAAAAGGUCAAGCGGACCAUUUGGACUUUCUUUGCAUGAACCUUUUACCUCUCAAAGACUCUGUGGCUGAACAAUAAAUAGAUUCAAUGGAACGCCGUGAGGACAGUCAUUAACUUCCACUCGAUUUUCUUAACCUGAAUAUUCAACCUCAUCAAUACAACUUUCUUGUUAUAUGUCUUUUGGCCAUGACAGCAAAAGUAAUGGGGUUUUUAUAGUUUCCCAACAUUUUAACCUCCUUUAAGCAACCUCUUAAUGCUUUUUGUUGUCCCUUUGUUCACUGUAUGUACUACACCACUCAGAGUAUACAAGAACUUUUAGCGACAACUUGGAACAAUGGAAGAGUGACAAUUAAUGUAAUUUAGAAGUUGCUCACAAUGAAUUUUCUGCCAAAAAGGAGAUAAGUCAGGACCUCUUCAGGAAGGUUCCAUAAGCAACAAAUUACAAUUAAAUCUUCACAUUUUGGGUGAUUUCCAUGGCAGGUUGGACCGUUUGUUUAAUUUACAGACCCAGAGCUGUAAUGCAAAGUUUUAUUUGUUCAUGUGAUGUGUCUUCAUUAAUCUUCAGGUCAAGUUGCCUUGGUUUGACAGAUAAUCAGAAACGAUGGCUUGUUAUUGGAAUAGCACUCAACAAGAUCCUUGUGCCACAGAUCCGUCCUUUUGUGGAACAAGAGGUUGAUAAGGAAUACAACAAUCUCAAGACAAGGCACAAUAUUCAUACACAAAGUACAUCUGGUCGUCUUCAAAGAUGGCCCCCAAGAAAGAUUUUAAAGUAUGAGAAUAUCAAUGGUAACAGUCAUCACCCAAAGCUUCCUGGUGGAAAGUGCAACUUUUCCUUGUUUGAUUGUAGAGUGUUAUCUCACAUUGACUUUGCCAAGUUGUACGUUGAACACUUCAUGGCCAAGUUCAAUGCUUUUGAUGACCAAUGUGAUGCUUCAGCUGUACUCAAAUUACUUGGUGGUGUACCUGUGUUCUCAGCUGCCAUGCAAGCUGCAGCUGGUGAUGUCAGGAAUGUUAGGAAUGACUGGGCGCACUGUGAUUUCAGUAUGUGGGAUCCUGUCAAGUUUCAGCAGAGUUUUUUUGAGAUGGAACACCUGGUGAGAGUCAUGGCUCUACGUGCUGAAGAUGAAGCUAAACUCCUUGCGGAACUAAAAGACUGGGAGACUAAAGGUAGCGUUCUUUGUACAUGCAGUUAAAAUAUAAAAAUCAAAUAAUAUAUUUUAUUGGUACAAUAUUUAAUAGUACAGUCGAACAUCCCAUAAGCGACCACCCAGAAUGUAAAGACUGAGUGGUCGCUUACAGGAGGUGGUCAUUUACAAGAAUCCACCCAUAGGGGAUCUCUUCCGAGAAGAGGUCCCUGCACAUCUACUUUGUGGAAGAUAAUAAUUAUUGCACGCAAUGAAUUAUUUAUUGCGUGCAAUGUAUUAGUUAGGAUAUCUGUAGUUCCACGUUGCCACUAAAGUUCUUCACGUAUUCUAAGUAGCAGUGCACACAGCGAAAAUAGCUGAGAUUAAAAAAUGUGUCAAGUAGUCGCUUACAAGAGGUUAAAAAUAACGGAAAAUCAUUAACUGUCGCACCCCAAAAGUGGUCGCGGUCACCUACAGGUGGUCGUCGUUUACCAGAGGUUCCAACUGUAAGGCUUUGACUGGGAAAUUUUGGUGUUUUGGAUUGGUGGUCCCUUAUGGGAGGUGGUCACUUACAAGAGGUGGUCGCACAUGGAGGUUCGACUAGCUGAAUUUUUUUACCUUUUGUAGCGGAAAGGUCCUGUUUAGCAGCGGUUACUUUAUAUCACUUACUUUGUGUAUGUUUACUAAAUAAUAUGCUUACAAAAACUAUCCCUAAAUCUCAAUUAACCUCAAUGCACACCUCCCACAGAAAAGAGAAAACUAAUCCCAACAGCAGCUUGCUUCAUGCCUCACCCCGCCACCUAGAAUUAUGCUUAAACAAUAGAAGUGUUUCUCUUCAACAUGUUUGCCCAGAUAAGUUGAAGAAGAGGUGAUCAUGAGGUCUGGGUGUUCUUUAAGGAAGAGAUCACCGCUCUUCUAAGAAACUAUCCCUGGAUAUUUAGGAUGGUCUUUCCAGGAAGCUGUUUCGUGACAUAUUAAUGUGUCAGGUAUUAGUGUGUAAUCUGGACUCCUUUGUUGCAGGGACUCUGUUGUGCAUGAACUCCCCCAUGGACCCAGCAUUGCUUCAACUUGUUCAGCAAAAAGUAAAAUUUCUACAAGAUAAUGUGAACAACUUGUCUGUAGAAUUUGACCAGGAAAAGGUGACAGUACAGCAACAGCUGCAAGAGAUGAAACAGAUGGUGGAAACACUAAAGACCUUUCAAGGUAAUCCUACUUAACCUCUCCCCGCCCAUUUUCAUAAUUCUUGUGUCAUUAUUGCAACAUAAUAUAUAAUGGUUUCUAAGCCUUAUAUUUACUCUUCAGAGUAUUUGGAAAUUGUGUACUUUCUGCUUCUGUUUUGCAGAUGAUGCAGAUCAGAGGUUUGGAAGUUUAGAGACUCGCACCGGUCAAGUUGAAGGCCAAGUACACAGUCUUGAAGGUAAUUUCAAGAUAAGUCACUGAUUGCUCUGUGGGCUACGAAUGUUAGUUUUUCAAAUCUGUUUUUUCUUUAAAAUACUGAUGGUGAAAAUUCAUUUUAUUUAACAUUUUUAUUAGUGUGUACUUUCAUUCGUGACGUCGCACAUUUUAUUUUUUUCGUGUAUUUUAGAGGAUACAGCUCAGAGGUUUGGAAAUCUGGAGACUCGCACCGGUCAAGUUGAAGACCAAGUACACAGUCUUGAAGGUAAUUUCGACAUAAGGCACUGAUCGCCCUGUGGGCUAUGAAUAUUUAAAUUAUUCAAAUCUCUUUGUCAUUAAAAUGCUGAUGGUGAAAAUUCAUUUUAUUUAACAUUUUUGUUGAUGUGUAUGUUCAUUGGUGAGGUCGCACAUUUUAUUUUUUUUGUGUAUUUUAGAGGAUACCGCUCAGAGGUUUGGAAAUCUGGAGACUCGUACUGGACAAGUUGAAGACCAAGUACACAGUCUUGAAGGUAGUUUCAACGUGUCAAUGAAAUCUUUUCUCGUCUCAUUUACAAAAAGAAGUCAGCAGAUCAGAGGUUUAAACAAGUUAAAGACCAUGCGCACAGUCUUUAAGUUAAUUUGGAGAAGAAGCAAUAAGCCCUAUUCCUUUUGAAUCUAGUUUUUCCUUACCAAAAUGACCCACCCCGCUGUUCAUACAUGCCCUGUGCGAAAGCAGUAAAGGUUCUUGUUAGUCAUCUAACACGCAAGGUCACCGUCAGAAAAGACACUCACCCAGGAGGCCAUCGUCCGAAUUGCUGCAACUAAUUGACUCUUACUUUUUAAAUAGUAGGAUAUUAUUUUGCACGCUGAGUAAGUUCUGAAAAUUUAAAAUGCACUUCCAAGUCGACGUUUCUCCUUUUUCCUUUUUGUUCCUUUUGCAGCAAAGUUUCAAGACCUGACGACAAAAGAAUCUGCUGAGUCAAACGCUUCUCUUCAAGACCCCCUGAUGACAUCUGAUGGUAGGUUUUCAUUCGCGUUUACAGCAAACGGCAAAUGUGAGUUUGUACCACGUGACCAAGUGUUCCAUUUACUUAUCGUUUACUGUUCAUUAUAAGCUUAAUCAUAACCAUUACACUUUCCUCAAAUUUGAUUGGUGCAUUAACUGCUUUAUUAUUCACUAAUCAUUGUGUAGGGUUGUAAUCGGACAGUCGGUUGUAAUCGGACACCUGCAAUUGGACAGUUACAUUAGCCAGUCAUAUUAAGUGCACUCAGCUAAAUCCACCAAACACAGAAGUUAUCAUAAUAACCAUAGCAACAACCACUUACCUUACCAUACUGGGGAUUUUCCAAAAUUGACAAAUUUGUAACAUUUAGGCAGUGUAUCCGCCAGUGAUAUUUUCCCUAAUUUUGGACAUUUGGUAUUCAAAUGCUCUUUCACCAAAAAAGAAUGCAUUUAUUUUUUCGGAUUUACAACGAUUAUGAUUAAUUGGUAACAGGAAUUCGAGUCGUCCAAUUCGGUCUGUCAUAAUACUCGUGAUAAAACAAAUCGGACUCGUCCGAUUUUGUUAAUCGCUCGUAUGAUGACAGACCGAAUGGGCGAGUUUCGUAUUCUUGGGCGGCCUAGGACGAGUGCUUGUUUUUGCGCGAAAGCGAGGCUAAUGCGGGUCACUUCUCACCAAGAAGACAAACAAACAUGAGAAAACUGCACUUGAGUUGUCGAAAAAAAGGAAAAUUUGAAACGUUGAAAGGUUCCGGAGGUCUCAAAACUUACGUACAGGCUUGAGAAAUCAUUGUUUCAAACAGCAAAAGGAAAAUCAGGUCGCCAUCACUGAGAAAAACAACGAGCCUAACUAGAAGAAUUGACCGAAGUAAUGGUCGGUGAGUGAGUUCAAUACAAAUGCGAAGAUGGUUUCAAAAUCCUUAAACGACCUUAAACAAGGUGAUAGCCUCAAGCCAUUUUAAUGUUAUUUCAGCGAUGGUUAAAACUUCUUUAAGCCCUACCUUCCAUUGGAGUGGACGUACUUGUCGAAAGCCUGCAAUUUAAACUGAAACCUUAUUUUUAGUUGACAUUUUUUCUAACGGAGCGAAUGCAAAAUCUUGUUCCUUUGAAAAAAAAGAAAAAACCGACGGGGCAGACGUUCUGCAUACAUUCCUUGCACUGUAAAAAAGUUAAAUCGGUUUUAACGAAGAUGACUAAAAUAGUAUAAGUUUAUCUAUACAUAAGCUACAUUUAGCGUACACACAAGCAUAUAAUACAUGCUUCUUGCUUACAUUAUUUAUCAAAAUAUUCAGUCCGAUAUUAAAGAAAAACGUACGCUCAUUUCAGUCGACAAAAACUGGAACACAGAAUUUUAUACAGGAGAUAUACUGAGCAAUUUAAACUCCAUUAUGCAGAUAUACACAAGAAUAAAAUAGAAUACUAAGAAGUAAAAUAAUUAAAAGGAUAAAAUACUGUCAUUUUAACAGACUUUACCCUUUUCAAGCUUUAAAAAGUUUACGUCUUCUUUUGGCUUCGUCGCUUUUUCUUUCAUCUGUUAAGUACGAUCAGCUUUUCCCACAAUUUUGGUGUCUGCAACAGAUAUCCCUUUGGCUUACUGGUAAAGAUUAAGCUUUAAGAUCCUCUGAUUGUUUUUGCUUUUGCAAAGAAGUUGACCCGCAUAAGCCUCGCAAUCGUGCUCGUCGUAGGGCCGUCUGGGAAUACGAAACUUGCCUAUUGGACUCCACUCAGUCCUAUUACCAUUAUUAACUACGUGGAAAUCGGUAGAUUUACGCCAAUUCCAUCCAUAAGAAUUGUUUUAAGCUGUUGUUAUCUUCUUAUUUUUCAUUUGGAAAAUUUUUGGUCAGUUGUUAAAAUAUGCACAUUUUUCUCCAGUGUUCAAAUGUAUUUUUUUAAGCGCGGAUAAAAUUAUAUGCCUCAUUUCUAUUUUCUCUUAUUAGUCAAUCCCGGGAAACUUGUAGAACUGAUUAGACGAGACUACAAAGGCGCGGUGCUGUGUCCCUUUCCAUGGUGUGAAGAUGAACUACAGCUGAAGCUAUCGAACAUCUUUACUAGAUUGCAGGUAGUUAGUAGAACAAAAGAACGUUCAAAACUAACAAACAACACCUUCGAUAUGACAGACGUGUUCAAGCCGCAUCCAGACUGUGACAAUCCAAGAGUUGUGCUGAUCGAGGGGAAUCCUGGGAUGGGCAAAACUACCUAUUGUCAAAAGCUGGCAUAUGAUUGGUCCGUGGCGGAGAUUCCAUCUGAUGCAUCAUUUCCUAAAGUGAAUAUAUUGCUGCUGUUGAAAUGUCGUGACAUGCACAUGAAAACUGCCAACAUCGAGGAAGCUGUUGAUGAUCAGCUUCUACCACAAGAUGCUGGCAAGAAGGAAAAAGAAGAUUUCUUCCAAUUUAUUCGCUGCAAUCAGUCAAGAAUUUUGUUGGUUCUUGAUGGUUUGGACGAAUUACGUGACGAUCUGGUGCAGGGUUUUCUACCUUUGAUUCAAGGCAAACUCUUUGCUAGUAUGUAUCUCAUCUUAACAUCUCGACAUGAAGCAGGAAUGAAGGUGAGGCGUUAUUGUGACACGCUUCUUGAAAUUAUUGGCUACAGCAAAGGUGACGUUGAAAGUUACAUUAAGAAGUAUUUCAGCAGCCCCGAGGAUCAACCUCUUGCUGACAAAAUGAUACAAAAGUUAAAUGGUGACAGACGUCUCAAGCAAUUAACGACUAAUCCAUUAAAUACAGCUUUGUUGUGUCUUCUUUGUGAAGAAACAAGAGGAGAAUUUCCUUCGAAAAAAACAAAGUUGUACAAUGACCUUGUGGCUUGCGCUCUCAGAAGGUUUUUCGCAAAAAGAGGUAUUCCUUUGGGUGACGACGAUCCGGUGGAGCGAUGUUCAAGUGAGCUGAAUCAGCUAGGGAGGAUUGCAUUUGAGACUUUGCUUAAGCAUGGGUUGUAUUUCAGUCAAGAUGAGGUUAAAUCACAGUCCACAGUGGAUUUCCUACAGUUGCCGUUUCUUUCCCGUGAGCCCAGUAAGAGCAAAAUCAGACCAACGCCGUCCUACGCGUUUACUCACAGAACGUUUCAAGAAUACUUUGCAGCGUUUUACUUGGCCCAUCAGCUGUUAUCUGGUGACAAAGGGAAAGAGAAACUGUUGAAUGAAUUGGAUGAACUCAGUCCCAUUCUAUACUGGCAGGUGUGGGAAUUUCUCAUCACGCAGGCGUUAAGCAAGAGUACUGAAGCAGCAGUAAUUGUUGUGUCUUGCCUUUGUGAUUUCUUCCACCGUAAUUGGGAGAUACCCCCAAGUUCGAUUGAUGCCGAUUUACAUUUGUGCGUCGACAUUUUUGAUAAGGAAAAGUGCGACAGCGUUGUCAUACCUUUAACAACUUCGAGGGAGGAUGAUCAUGAAGAAGCACUGCUCGUCCUCUUGAUGGAUGUACUUCGUCUUAUUGCUGAGUGUGAGGAUGGUGAUAGUGAACUGAAGGAUUACCAAAAGGAAGUUGUGCGUGUGCUGGCACGUCGCUUUCCACUGGAAAAAUUGGGACUUGUACCAGGUGCUAUUAGCAACUUAGUGCUCUCUGAGUAUUUGAAAUUCAACUGCUCGCUGACAACAUUAUGUUUGGUUAGUGAAAUAGACACCCCAUUGCUGUCAACAACAAUUAAACUUGUCUUACAUUCUACGAAAAAGGGGGUUAAAUUUCUAUUGGGAAACUGGAGAGAUCGACAUCUUCUGAAUCAAUCGCUUGCUGUUAAGGCGCUUCUCGCAGAUGUUUUCCAGUCAGGUUGUUUUCAAGCAAAAAAACUAGGUGUACACGGUUUCCGGAUGUCGGAUGAAGGAUGCCAACUAAUUGGAGAAUUUCUUCAAACAAACUGCACUUUAAGCCAUCUUCGUCUAACAGAUGCAGAGAUCUACGAUGGAGGAGCCACAGCAAUCGGGGACGCUCUUCAGUCGAAUUUCACUUUGACACAUUUGAGUCUUCCGCGAAAUAUGAUCAGUGGUGUUGGAGCCGCGGCCAUUGCGACGGGUCUUCAGUCCAAUCCUGUGUUAACAUAUUUAGAUCUGAGUCAGAAUGCUGGCGGCGGUGCGUCAAUCACCAUGGCGCUGGCUCAAGCUCUGAAAUCUAAUUGCGCCCUGAAGUACUUGGAUGUAUGUGAUACAUUCAACGCCCUUGAAAAUGACAAGAUUGGCCCCAGAGGGCGAUCAGCCCUCGCAAGGGCUCUUCGAUUUAAUCGAACAUUGACUCAUUUGAAUCUUAAACACAGUGGCAUCGAUGACUCAGUGGCAUCCGCACUUGGUGAGGCUCUUCAAACAAACAGCGCUUUGAUGGAUUUGAACCUCGCAGACAAUCAGAUCAGUGAAACUGGAACAGCAGCUCUUGGAAAGGCACUGGAAUCAAAUUAUACUUUAACCCAUUUGAAUCUAGAGAAAAACAACGGCAUCGGUGAUGCAGGAGCUAAAGCUCUUGGAAAGGCGCUGCAAUCAAAUCAUACUUUGAUCCAUUUAAAUCUAGAGAGUUGCAAAGGGAUCGGUGACACAGGAGCAGUAGCUAUUGCAAAGGCGCUUCAAUCAAAUGAUGCUUUGACCCAUUUAAAUCUAGGGAAUAACAACGGCAUCGGUGAUACAGGAGCUGAAGCUCUUGGAAAGGCGCUGCAAUCAAAUCAUACUUUGACCCAUUUAAAUCUAAUGAGUAGCAAAAGGAUCGGUGAUACCGGAGCAGUAGCUAUUGCAAAGGCGCUACAGGCCAGCGGUACUCGAUUGACCAUGUUAGAUCUGAGAAUGAACAGUAUAACAUGUUCAGGAGCAACUGCUAUCGCAGAAGCUCUCCACACUAAUACUUCUCUCACACAUUUAUAUUUGCGGGAGAAUAGGAUUUGCUGUGAUGGUGCAUCCGCUUUUGCAAAGGCACUGAAAACGAAUUGUACUUUGACUCACUUGCAUCUGAGUGCGAAUGGUAUUGGUGAUUUAGGAGCCACAGAAUUAGCGCUCGCUCUUAAGGAUAACAACACUUUGCGUUCUUUAAGCCUAGGAGAGAACUGUCUAAUAAGUGCACUAGGACGAGGAAGCCUUCGUGAGGUUGAUUGGUCUGGCGAUAUCGUUUGGUUCCGUCCUUGUUUUGUAGAAAACCUAUGUAAUUGUAUUGAACAUCGGCUUUCCAUCCAGGAGUAGCAGUAACUGUUCUUUUAAGAAUCUACUGGCUCACAUUUACCUUGCAUGGAUUUUCCAUAAAUAAAGGUGACGUUGAACAAUAUUCGGAACUUUAGACACACUCCGAGCGUUAAAUUUGAAACGAUAAUCAGCGAACCGAGGCCAAAACAAAGAAAAAAAGUGCCAAAUCUGUUCAAAGUGGCUCACGUUUUUCACCUGUUCGCUCUAACUGUAUAAAAAUUAUUCAUGAAAGCAUAUCGAUUUCGUAGAAGAGACGUCAAUAGGGAACUUAAGAACCACGACGAAGUUCACGACGACGACGUCUGUUGACCGGGAAAGGACUGGAAGGUGAACGUCAGUUUCGGCGGGAAAAAGGAAACUUAAGAUGCAGUCGAUCGGUAGGUCGACGACGACGACAUUGAAUGUAAAGAAACAAGUAGAAGUAGUAGAACUGUGAUGUUCGUUCGCAACAAAAAUUUUUCGUAGAGGCGUCUUUUAAAACGAUGCAAGAUCUUAUUUUAAAAGCCGUACGUCUACUUUCAUUGACGAUGAAGAAUUUUUAGUAAUGUCUGACCUUUUCGAAUGGAAAAAUCUCUGCUUUCCGUACGAAGAUUAUUCAACUUUCAACCUGAAUGAGAUGACCGAGUCCGAGUGUCUGUCAGAGGGUAGUUUUGGGAAAAGAGACAUUCCGAUGCGAUAGCUGUUUUCCAUAUAAAGUUCAUUUUCUCUAUAUUAAAGAUAUAUGAUUUGCCUUUCCUAAAUACGUACAACUAGAUUUAUCACUUACGAGUUCGCUCGCUCGGCCUCCACAGCUCAGUGUUGUCUUCGAAGUAAACACAAUUCAUCAGUCGAAUUUUCAAUCGACAUCGCUUGUUAGGAGAAAAAGAAAGGAUACCUGGAUUUACGAGGAUUAAAAAGACAAAGCCCUUGAAAAAUCGCCUAAAAACAAGAAGUUAUACCUGCCAAAGCUUGUGGAUUGCACGACGACGUGAUUCUACUGUGUUUGGCGUCGUCGAUGACACCACGACGACGAAAUUUGCUAAUUGCGCUUGCGCAGUGCACGGUAUCUCACUUCCGGUCGUCGUCGGGGUUCUUAAGUUCCCUAAUAAAAAAUGCAAAACCACCGCUGACUUUGUAGUUGUUGUAGAAGUUCUGGCUUUUUCACUUUGAAAAUCGGCUACUUUUGUCACUAUUUUGUAUGGGAGGUCAGGUUUGAGGUUAAGUAUUUGUUCGGCAAGUCACUUUAUUCAUGUUUCAGCAUGUGGUUAUGUUAGUUUGACAAUUAAGGAAGACUCUUUGAAGUUUGGCACGAUUUCGUUGUUUGGAGUUUCUGGCUUUUCGUCAAUUUCUAAAAGUACUCCUGUUCGUUUACGUGCGUAAAUCUCGAGGACACGCCCAACGUGGUUUGAAACUCCCGCCUGUGCAUAUUAAUGUUUUGAUCAAUUGAAACGGAUCGAAAUUUGAAUAAUUAUCUCACACAAUGUUCCCUCAAGCGUUUAAAAAGACGCGGCGCUUGCUUUUUACAUGUUCACCGACUCGGGAUUUCAAAGGGAAAUGUCAUUUACCAAGAGAGAAUACGCUUCCAGCGUCUUACAGAUAGAAAAACUAUGAGUUAACUAUACCUAUGAGUAGAAAAUGAAGUAGUUUUAUUUUUGUAGUACACAAACCAAUCGACUAAAAGAGCGCGUCUUUAAUGUAAGCUGCUUUGACCGGUUGAAGGUGGCUCGACUGGAUUUUUAAGGGGGAUACCUCCCAAGUUUGUGCAUUAACUACGUCGGCAUGAGUGAAGAUGUGGGGAAAAAGUUACCACAACUGUAUUAUAUAAAGAUGAAAAUUUCUUAUGAUCUGGGAUUUUUUUAGCAAUCGGAGUCACCAUGGCAACGUAAUGACGCCAUUACGAUCUUUAUUUAUCUUUGAGUUUCUCUGUACCAGGAGUUUUUGUAAGAAAUCGCUUAAAGGAG